GCAACCACACAAUUAAGUAUUUCGAUCACAUUUUAGUCGGUGGCUUUUGUUAGCAGGUGCUCACGAUGCUUGGACUCUUUGGAAACGAUUGCAUGUUAAAACCGUGACACGUCCAGUUAGCAGGCUGUAGAGCUAGCAAGCUAACUAGCUACUUUUAUUCCUAGUAACACUGCUAGGAAAUGGAGCUACUGCUCAGCAAAACGUUGCCCACAGAUGCAUGUGCCUGGAUAGAAAACCCCCAGUUUAAUUUAUCAUUGUGGAUGUUGUUUUCCUCGGAGAGGGAGACAUUUCGACAACAUUGUCACGGAGAGUUUGACAGGAGUGAUAUAUCCCCACUACUGUACUGUACUUGGGUUUCUCCUCUAAACCAAAGCAAGAUGGACUCUCAUUCGGCUUGACAGAGCUCAGAUCGACAUUUUACACGGAGAUCAAAAUGUGUGCUUAAAGGUCAUCGUCAUUGCAUGACAAAGACUGGCAGAUUUCAUCUUCAUCACUCAUUCAGCAUUUCCAUAGUUUUUCCUUCAGUGUGGUAGUACCAUGAAGGGUGGAGGAAGAGGUAAGGAGCCACCCGUUGCAGGGGAGGUCACUGGUAAGCGCCCCAAACGCAAAUGCCUGCAGUGGCACCCACUUCUCUCCAAAAAGGCUCUGGAUUUCUCUGAAGAGGAAGAAGAGGAGGAUGAAGAGGAGUUGGGCAAGCAACCAGUGCUGUGUGGUGAGGAGCAGGAGUCGCAGAUGCAGUGUGGAAGCACAACAGAAGAAAUGGAGGAGGACUCGCAUGAGCAACGAGCACGGCGGCCCAUGAAUGCUUUCCUCCUGUUCUGCAAACGCCACCGGUCUCUGGUGCGGCAGGAACACCCUCGCCUAGACAACCGCGGGGCUACCAAGAUCCUGGCUGACUGGUGGGCUGUGCUGGAGCCCAAAGAGAAGCAGAAAUACACUGACAUGGCCAAGGAGUACAAGGAUGCCUUUAUGAAGGCAAACCCAGGUUACAAAUGGUGUCCCACCACCAGCAAACCAGUCAAAAGCCCUUCCUCUCAGCCAGUCAGCAACCCCCGCAAAAAAGUUUGGUCCUUCUCUUCCAAUGCAUCCAAGGACUCCACCACUGCCAAAAAAGUGCCCAAAACUGACAGCAUGCCACAGUUAAACUUUGCCAUGGCAGAUCCUACUAAGAUGGGAGGCCUUAGCAUGCUGCUGUUAGCUGGGGAACAUGCCCUCACAAGCAGGGAGAUAACUUUGAGCACUAAACCUAGUCUGCCUGACUCAGCCAGUGAAGGGAGUUCAUUUCCAACGGAUAAGGAAGAGAUUUUGUCACGGACAGUACCGAACAGAGUGCCUGACAUUACUGAAAGCAGGGUCAAGUCUGCCCUUUCCCCACUGCCAGAGUCAUCUCUGUCUGCGGCACCUGAAGGAAAACCAUGCAGACAGUCUGCUCUCUUCCAGCUUGCUGAGAUGUGCUUAGCAUCUGAGGCUGGAAAGAUGGACACAGUUGUAUCUCAGCCAGUGGACAGCUCCUCUGCAGCCUCUUUCCAACAAACUACAGUCAUGCCAGAGAUCAAGGAGGAGCAAGCAGACAGUGACAACUGUCCUCCAUCCUCUCAUACAUCAACCCUCUUACCGUCACUCUCCUCUGUCACUUCUACCUCUACUGAUGCCAUUCCCCCACAGCUUGGCAGCCAAAAUGCAUGUGUCAAAAAGAAGAGCAAGAAAAAAGAGGUGGCCAAGUCAAAUGAUAACAGUGACAUCCCUUGCCUAACAAAGAAGUCCAUCAAAAAGCGGAACCAUGCAGAAUCAAAUGAGGACAGUGUUUUCAGUACAAUAGAGGCAGUGGCCAAAGGGGCCUGGAAUGACACUGAGGAGAAGCCCAAGACGAAGAUCCAGAGCAGUCCUAGUAGUGGAAACUCUGGUUUGCCCAAAAAGAAGAGUAAGUCAAAAAUCAAGACAUUUCUCAAAGAAAAAGAGGAGGACAUGCAUGAAGAUAGUGGGCAGCGUGGGCAGUCCAGUUCUUCUGAGGUGGAGAUGAAGGAAGAGAUGACUGAUGAUAGCCCCAAGUCAGAAGCAGAGGAAGCAAGCAUAGGAAGCACAGACCUUCAGGGCAGCGUGGCAGAACCCCUUCCCCCCCCCUGCUCCCACUCACCUGCUAAGCUCAAAGAGGAGGACAAGGGGAAUGAGAGGCAGAGUGAAGUGACCUGUGAGUCCACCACAGAGAGUCGUGGCUCCAGGAAAUCAGAGCGGAGCUGUAAAGGAGCCUUGUAUAAAACCCUUGUUUCUGAGGGAAUGCUGACAUCGCUGAGAGCCAAUAUUGACCGAGGUAAACGAGCUACUUUCCGUUCUUCUGAUCACGAUGCAAGCUGGAGUGAUGACAGUUGGACAGCGCUACAGAUGGGACCUAAUAAUCCCAAGAAGCUGAAGAAGUCCAAGUCCAAAGAUGACUCUUCACAGAGCCUAGGGAAACUGGAGGAGGAGUUUGAAAAGAAAUUUAACAGCCUACCACAGUACAGUCCAAUGACAUUUGAUAAGAAGGGGACCACUGUCGCAAAAAAGAAGAAGACUGACAGCUCCACUCUCCCAGAGGAAGUUUCUAAAGUUGACAAAGGGCCAUCUUCAUCUCAGAAAAAGACAUCAUUCCACAAGAUUGUUAGGAAGCACAAACACAAAAAGGAGAAACCAGAUGCAGUGGACAAAGCAGUGGUGCAGAGUGAUUCCAUGCUGGAUUCAGCUUCAAAAGCCAAAUCAUGUGCCCCCAUUGCCACAAUCUACCCAGAUGUCCAGGGCACUACUAGUAUGGAGAUGCUGGUUGGUAGCCAGAAGAGGAAGGCUAGGAAGACCAAGAUCACACACUUGGUACGCACAGCUGAUGGCAGUGUGUCUCCAGCUGAGGAGGAGAAAACUAAGGACCUGAACCAGGAACAGGAUAAGAAGCCAUUACCCCAACAGAAUUUAUGCAGUGAAAAAGGGUGCUACAUUAAUCCUACAUCAGAGGGGGCAAAGAGGAGCACCGUGCCACAAGCUGCUUUCUUCAGCUUGACAGCCCUUGCUGAGGUUGCAGCAAUGGAAAAUGUUCACAGAGGCCAGAGAGGCUUGGCUGAGAGUCAGAAGAAGGAGCUUGCCCAGACUCCAGUCCUCAUCUCCUGUGCUGAUCAGUGAUCAGCUCUUCUGCUGUUUUGAGAAGCCACAAAUGGACACUGGCAGUGGAGCUUUACUUUCCUCAGUGGUAACCCCACAUUAAAGGGAGACUUGAUCAGGAAGCUCUGGACAGACUCCACCUUCCCUCCAGAGGUGAAUUUGCUUGAGCUCGGGUUCAUGGUGGGGGAAGAGACCGUGUCCUUCUCCUCCUCCCACCUCCUCGCUAUCUCAGUGUUUUCCCUGAAGCCUUCCUUUGGUUUGAGGCACGACGCCUUUCUGAACUCCUCUGACCCCUUUAGAUGCUCUGUUAGGGCCCGUGGAAGAAUCAAGCUGUCCCCCAGCGCAUGGGUUUUCUUAUAGAGAUGAUUGCCAUGGGUUUAUUGUACACUGUUUUGUCAAAUAGAGGCCAUUUUAAGGUCAAGUCUUGCAAUUUAAAAAGCAGCAUUUUAGGUAGGGAAAAAACCCAACAAUGCAUUCAUUUUUAUAGAUGAACACAGCUUUCUGUCACCUUUUUACCUCACACACGCCUACUGAAGAGUCCCCGCCGCCUCUGGUGGAAUACCUCUGUAUUUGAAUAGCUCUCGUCCCUUCCAUUCCUUCCAGCUUCAACCCAAAAUGACUUUAACCAGGGUAAAUUAUCAUGAUGGAUAGACUUCCAUUACCAACUACUUGCUUAGUGUUUUCCUGUGGUACAUUAAUGUGGUGUACUCAAUAAAACAUGGUUGAUAUGUAUGCUAAGAUGAUGCUACUGUAAAACUCUCUGUGGUAGCUACAAAUAAUCAUGUUAGACUGAUUGUGUAAGAGUACACUUGUGUACACUUGCAUCUGGAGUAUAGAUGACUGUAGCUGAGGGUGUUUGUUGUCCCGUUUUUCUUUUAGCGGUAGGUUGUGUUUUCAGACUUAUGAGACAGUAGUUGGCUUAAAAAUUGCUUCUAGUGUUUGGGAGGUCAUGUGAAAGUGAAUCGAACAUAGCCUUAACCUUCCCACCCUCUUGCCACCACAAGGCCCUCAACCAGCUUCCUGCUCAAUGCCACAGUCCUGAAAUCAGUGUAAACAAUUUUGGAUAGUGAAAUGCGGUUUUUAUCAAUACUUGAUCUUAUUGCAGUUUGCGUAGCAUUUAGAAAGGUAAAUUCCUUGUGUGCAACUUUUAUUAUGGGAUAGGUUUUUGUUUGCUUAAUUUCAUAAACACUGCACUAAUUUGUAGCUGAAGUUUGAGUUGCUCUUGGUAGCCUAAUCCAGUCUCCACCGGUCACAGUGCUUUUACACUAUAGCCUGUCAGAAUAGUGUCCUCACUGUCCUCAGGACCUGGCUAAAGCCAGCCACAAACUCCAUUAUAAUAGAUCAGGAGUUUGUCAAUCUAAACAGAUUAUUUGUUUUAUGAAAUAGUUGUAUUCUACUUGGCUCAUAAAAUGGGCGAUCUGGGAGGGAUCCAAAAAGAAAAUGUCCAGUUUUUACAAAACAAAAUAUUGAUGUGAUAUGUCAAAAUCAGACUGUGAUAUGUUACAGUUCCUCUUAGGGCUCAUGGAGACAAGGCAUUUAAUAAUAAUUUCCCCUUUUGUUUCCUAUAAGCCAUUUGAGAUUGUAUUGCCAGGUAAUGGUCUACUCAGAGCUCACAUGUAUUUAAUGUUCAGAUCUGUAGAGGUAUUUAUAUUUACAUGACACUUUGCAUCCUUUAUUUUUUGCUUUGUUGUGUUAAUGUUUGGAAAGAAUCAUUCCAUUUCCAUGCCUCUGCCUUGGCCAUACUUUUGUUUACAGUUCAUUAGCAGAAGUAAUGAGGAAACAUAAGGACAGAAGCAGUUGUGCUGCAGAUUUGUUGUCUUCCCAAAGGUUGGUGGAACUUGGUAGAGCUGUCACAGACUAGUAGAAGUUUAACUGCACAGACUCUCCAGCAAUACCCCUCAUCUCCUUCCCUAGCAGCAGCCUGUUCCUCUGUGUAGACCAAUACUUCAUUUUUCAUGUUUUAGAUUAACUCAUGUUCAUAACUUUUAUAGCUUUUUGUUUUCAAUUGAAUUGAUUGUUCUUCUGUUAAAGUGUGUGCAUUUAUGAUGCUCUUUUAACAAAGUCCCCUUAGUGAACUUCAGUGGUUUUUUCUGAGGUCAAGUUUACUGGAUUAAGACUGUUGUCAAAAAAGAUCAAGCCCAUAGACAAUUAAUGCAUCUGUGCUUACCUACUAAGCAACUAAGCACUGAGAUACAAUGUCUCUAGACAAUGAACUGUCUUUUCACCUCCGGAGAGUGUAUUCGACUGCGACUGCAUCACAGUUUCUCCAGCAUGUGUUAAGAUGUGCUCAGAGUGCUUUCAGAUACUUAAUGACAGGACCGACAAAUAAGAAAUCAGUGGGUCUUAGAGAGCUCAUGUCUUGAAAAAGAGUGUCUUUCCUAACUCAAGGCAUUGUUACAUGGUAAUAAUGUUUUGCUUAUGUAGGCCCUAGUGCGCAAAUAGUGCAGCACAUGCAACAAAUCUAUAAUUCCUCUCUAAAUUUGUCCUUAGCAUCUAACAAACUGCAAAUGUUUCCCAGUUAAGCUUAAGGGAACCACAAGAAUUCUAUUACUAAACAAACUGUGUAUACAUAUAUGUAUAUAUAUUUUCAAACAUGAGAGAAAGUUACAUUAAGGAUGAUCUCAUCCAAGCGGUAAACUUUAUAGUUCUUCCACUGGUGGACAUCAGUGCAGUUCUUUGCAAAGAGAAAGAAAUUGUCUUCCCCCAAAACAGAGCUAUAUUUGCUUAUAGCAAGUGAGUUUUUAAAAUUUGCCAAAGAAAAGGGUAAGGUAUAUUGAAAUGUAAGUCCUGUUUAAAAAAGAGAGCUAGCAUAAUAGUUGCACUGCAUUUUCUAUGUGUGUAAAUCUUCAGGUAACAAUAUCAGCACAAUUCACCCUGUGUAUCUAAUGGGAUUUCUGUGGUGUUUGAACCCAGAGUUGCAAUUAAGUGCAACAAAAGGGCAUCAGUCGAUGCCUCUUUUAGUAUACAGUACUUGCACCUUAUGACCCAAACCAAAAUGAUCAUGGUCUUUAAAGAAAAUAUAUACGUUUUUACCCAUUCUCUGGAAAUUAUGCAUUUUAGCUACUAUAAAUAUUAAAAUCGAGUCAAUAACAAAUCCACACCUCUAAAAUAUAGCCAUAAUACUGUCAUCACCCCAUCCCCUCACUUUUCUAUCUAGAAAAUGCUUCUAUAAAGUUGAAAUUCCUAUAUUAGUUACUUAAAUGACUACAAUACCCUUUUGUGCUAGUACUGUCUUGAAUGUAAUCAUUUUGUACUUGUAUUUUUCUAAUUCAGUCUUGAUUGUACUGUAUGUAUGCUCUGAUGGUGUAUUGUUCCCUGGUUGCACAGUUCAUUACAACCAACAGUUCUCGCGACAGGAUAGCUGCUGCUCUGCAAAUGCAAUGAAAUGUGUGGAGCUUUUAAGUCCAAAAGACUUGUUGUACCAUGUGAGCAUCCAUGAGAACUGAUUACUGAGAGAAUCUUGCAUUUUCAGUGGUUGGACAAUAGCUUCCCCUGGUUUGCUACUACUUUUUCCUUGGCGGUAAAAAUGAAAGUCUGUUCAGAGCAGUUUAAAAACAGGGACACUCCUGCAGUCAAAUAGAACAAUUGAAUGCUGAGUUUCAACUUAUUUAUUACUGUUGUUUUUAUAGACAUAGUCAAAUAAAAAACAAUGAAAUAUACAACUGAAUAUGCAUCCCUUUAUACAUGAACUUGUAUAAGAUUAUCUGCCCUUUACUGGAAUGUAGAUCAUGGCUUCCUUUUGUUUUUUGUGAAGAUCAGGUAAUGCCAGAUCUUUUAAAACUCUUUCCUCUAAUAGUUUGUACAACAUGUGCUUAAUCUAGUUUUAUGUUAAUGGUAAUCAUCUUGACAGAUAUGUUUUUGAUUGUUACAGCCCAGUUGUUAAAUGCAGCCUUGCCUUACUGGAACCCCUGCUUAGUGAGGGAUCCCUCAGCUACCCACCCACCUACAACUCCUAUGUCAUAACACUGUUUGCUGAUGCAACUAUUAUUCCGUUUACACUUUCUGCUAACGCAACUGUUACUUCUUGAACACCUAUUAAAAUAACAUCUAUUAU